CGCUCUGUCUCCCCCUCCUGCCCUCACAGCCAGCCCGCCGCUGCCUCCUUCUCCUUCAUUAUUUUCGCCUCAGCUUCUCGCAGUUUAAAAUGGCGGCGUUGAGCAGCGCCGAGUCUCCACCGCCCGUCUUCAACGGAGACGCCACGGAGCGGGAGAGCGGCCUGGAGGAGCUGGGCCCGGGUUUGGACUCUUCGUGCUCGUCGGCGGUUCACGGAGAUCCGCAGGAAGAGGAGAUCUGGAACAUCAAGCAAAUGAUAAAGCUGACGCAGGAACACUUGGAAGCUCUGCUAGAGAAAUUUGGAGGAGAACACAACCCCCCCUCCAUAUACCUUGAGGCCUAUGAAGAGUACACCAGCAAACUGGAUGCCCUACAGCAGAGGGAGCAGCAGCUGCUGGAGGCCAUGGGGAAUGGCACCGACCUCUCCUGCACCACCUCUUCCAUGCCCGGCUUGUUGGAGGUCAAGAUCGGAGGCGAAGGAGUCUGUGGGGGAGCUCAUGGCUUUCCCUUAGCUCCCAACACAUUAGCAGUCCUGCAGACCCCCACUGACCCUGGACGGGCUUAUCCACGCUCCCCCCAAAAGCCCAUUGUCCGCGUGUUCCUGCCCAACAAACAGAGGACAGUGGUUCCAGCCCGCUGUGGGAUGACUGUGAGGGACUCGCUGAAGAAAGCGCUGAUGAUGCGGGGACUCAUCCCAGAGUGCUGUGCGGUCUAUAGGAUACAGGACGGAGAGAAGAAACCCAUUGGCUGGGACACGGACAUCUCAUGGCUGACGGGGGAGGAGCUCCAUGUGGAAGUGUUGGAGAAUGUGCCGCUCACCACUCACAAUUUUGUGAGGAAGACCUUCUUCACAUUGGCCUUCUGUGAUUUCUGCAGAAAGCUGCUGUUCCAGGGUUUUCGCUGUCAGACCUGCGGCUACAAAUUCCACCAGCGCUGCAGCACAGAGGUUCCUCUCAUGUGUGUCAACUAUGACCAGCUAGAUCUGCUGCUGGUGUCAAAGUUCUUCGAGCAUCACCCGAUCAGCCAGGAAGAGGUUUCCUCAGAGGGAACCACCCCUGUAUCUGAGCUCUGUCCAUCGCUACCCCCUUCAGAAUCCACUGGAUCUAUAUACCACACUACAGUGUCGCCGUCAAAGUCUAUCCCCAUCCCAACUAGUUUUCGGACGAGUGAGGAGGACCAUCGCAACCAGUUUGGCCAGAGAGAUCGUUCUUCCUCCGCCCCCAAUGUCCAUAUCAACACCAUUGAGCCUGUCAACAUCGAUGACCUUAUUCGGGAUCAGGGCUUGCAGAGGUCAGAGGGAGGUAAGAACCAGAGGAAGGAAAGUUCAAUGAUUGUCUGUUACACACAGAAACUUUAGUUUUUUAUUUUAUUU